AUGUGGGUUUUCCUUUGCAGGGAGCAAAAAACAAAUACCGACAAAGUGCAAUUCACCAAGUAUAGUUUGGAGGAUAUGUAUACUGAUAAUAAUGGUGGCGACAUUGGAAAUCCAAACAACCAAUGCUGCCUGUUCAAGCAACUGAAUUUCAAGUCUCUGUUUGCUAAAGGGACAGAGACCAGAAAGACACAGCAAACAGGUUAG